AUGGGAGCAUUUGGUUUAGUUUGUUCUGCAAAAGACCAACUUAAAACAACCAAUGUUGCCAUCAAAAAAAUUGUAAAGCCUUUUAGUACACCUGUUCUUGCAAAAAGAACCUUUCGAGAAUUUAAAUUACUCAAGCAAUUGAAACAUGAAAAUAUUAUUAGUUUAAAUGAUGUUUUUAUUUCGCCAUUAGAGGACAUUUAUUUUGUUACAGAAUUAUUGGAAACAGAUUUACAUCAAUUGUUAACUUCAUCUCCAUUGGAAAAACAAUUCAUUCAAUACUUUUUAUAUCAAAUAUUGCGUGGCUUAAAGUAUGUUCAUUCAGCUGGUGUGAUCCAUAGAGAUUUGAAACCAAGCAAUAUUUUAAUUAAUGAAAAUUGUGACUUGAAGAUUUGUGAUUUUGGGCUGGCUCGAAUUCAAGACCCAAAGAUGACUGGUUAUGUUGCAACUAGAUAUUAUCGAGCUCCUGAAAUCAUGCUAACAUGGCAAAAAUAUGAUGUAGCAGAAAUGAUAAUGGGAAAACCUUUAUUUCCUGGGAAAGAUUAUAUGAACCAAUUUUCAAUUAUUACAGAAUUACUUGGCACACCAUCAGACGAUGUAAUCAAAACAAUUUGUAAUGAUGCUACUUUGGAAUUUGUAUUAUCAUUGCCAAAAAGAGAAAAGGUUCCAUUAUCUCAAAAAUUUCAAAAUGUUGAUUUUGAAGUAUUGGAUUUACUUGAAAAAAUGCUUGCUCUUGAUCCAAAAACACGAAUCACUGCUGAGCAAGCUUUAGCUGAUAAAUAUCUAGAUCCAUAUCAUGAUGAGUCAGAUGAGCAUGUUGCUGAUGAAGCAUUUGAUUGGUCAUUUAAUGAAACAGACCUUCCAACUGAUGAUUGGAAAAUUAGAAUGUAUCAAGAAAUUUUGGAUUUUCAUAAAGACAAUGCAGUGAUUGCUCAACCAACUUAUCGAUAA